AUGGGCACCACUUCUUUCUUGACGAGGGUCCGGGGUCUGCUCCGCAUCCGGAAUCAGCUGGUGCGAGAAUGCCUGGCUGAGCUGCUGGCCACCUUCAUGCUCAUUAUAAUCACCCUGAGCAGCUCAGCACAGAAGACCACCAGCUUUGAGAUGAAGGGGAACAUCCUCACCAGCUACCUGGGAGGUGCCCUGGCUGUCAUGGUGGGCAUCUACACAGCAGGGGGAAUCUCUGGGGCCCACAUGAACCCAGCAUUCUCCUUUGCCAUGUGCCUGACAGAGCAGUUUCCUUGGUGGAAGUUUCCCAUUUUUGUGGUCGUGCAGAUGUUGGGAUCUUUCGUAUCUGCUGGAGCUGUUUACAUCCUCUACUAUGAUGCCAUCUGGCACUAUAGCAAUGGGACCCUCACUGUCUCUGGCCCCCGAGAAACUGCCUCCAUCUUCGCCACUUACCCGGCUGACUACGUCUCCAUCCCCAAUGGCUUCUUGGACCAGGUGAUCGGCACAGGGGUGCUGAUACUGGGUAUCAUGAGUAUCAUGGACACCCGCAACAAGGCCGUCCCCAAGGGCCUGGAACCAGUGGUUGUGGGUCUCUUGGUGCUCUCCAUUGAGUCCUCCAUGGGGGCCAACUGUGGCUGCCCCAUGAACCCUGCGCGGGACUUCGGGCCCCGGCUCUUCACCUAUGUGGCAGGCUGGGGCCCCGAGGUGUUCAGCAGGGGCAAUGGGUGGUGGUGGGUGCCAUUGGUAGCACCACUGCUGGGGGCCGCCGUGGGCACGUACCUGUACCAGCUCUUUGUGACUUUCCACUACCCGGAGGAGGACAGCGAAAUCCUGGCAGAGCAGGGCUCGAUCGUUCUAGUCAACACCGCCAUCGACCCCGACACCAGGAUGUUGACCAAGGAGAAGGAUACUGGGGAAACAGUGCCUGCCGGGUACCCCCCAGCACCACGCGCCAGCAGUACAGCCUCCCCCACAGCCCCUGUCACACCAUUAAAAGAGUCCUGA